AACUUUACGUCAAAGUGGAACUGUUCAUCGUCGUCACUGUUCGGUGGUUCCUACUGUUCGUUCACGCUCGCACCCACGAAGAGUCUAGACUCAGCCAGAGACCAUCCAACUCUUUCUUUGCGUGCGGGCCAGUUUAGACUCUCUCGAAGGUGAGAAUCAAUCCCUCCCGGUCGCAGCCGAAAGCCAAAGCGAUUUCUGCAGUUCGACGAAAGGCGCAGCUCGACGCGUCCUUCCGGCCCGACCGAGUUAGCUUCACCUCACCGGACAUCGCGACGUCGCUUUUGUUUCUGGGAUCAAGCGGUGCCUUUCGGAGAAGGCGUGAGGAGACAAAGUAUAUACAUUUCAAGUUCCAGCUAACACAGCCAGCAUGCAAGAAGAAUCUCAAUCCAGUGUGCGAGAGGAAAAUGUGAAAAAGGAAGAGUUAAGAGUCAAGCUGAAGACCAAGCCUACAGAACCAGAUGAUGUGUCGGAAGAUAAGAGUGAGAUGGAAAUGGAAUUAAAGACCAAAACGGUGGAGAAAAUCAAACCGCAUCAUGAUAAAGACAAGAAGGAGAAACACAAAGAAGAGCACAAGGAGAAAUCAAAGGAAAAGGACAAAGGGAAAAAGGGAAAACAACACGGCUGUGAUGACGACGAUAAUGAUGAAGUGAGGACAGGUAAAGAGGAAGUGAGGGAGAAAGAGAAGGAGAAAUGCAGCAUCAAUGAUGAUCCAGAUAAAAGAAUUGAGAAUGAUGAGUCUGUGGAGACUAAGAAAAAGAAAGUGAAUAAGAAAGAGAAUAAGCAUGAGAAAGGCAAGGAAAAAGAAGAGAUGGAUGCAGAGAAACCUGCUGGAGAUUUGGAAAACAGUGAAGAAUAUUCUAAGGGGAAGAAAAAAGAGAAACAUAAGGACAAGAAUGUGAAGAAGGGAAAUGAUGAGAACUCCAAGGAGAAAGGAGUAGAGAAGGUUCGAAGUGACAACAGAGAGGAGGAGAAGAAAAAGGGAAACGAAGAAUCGAUGGAGAUAUAUGAAGGGAGGGCAAAUGAUGAGGAGCAAAAGAAGGAUAUACAUGGGAAAGAGAAAUACGAAGGCAAGAAAAAGGAUGAAAAACACAAGGAUAAAGAUAAAUCAAAAGGAAAAGAGAAUGAUGAUGAAGACAAAGGAGAAAAGAAAAAGAAAAAGGAUAAGGAAGAGAAAGAGAAGAAUAAGCUCAGGAAUGCAGCAAAUGAGCGAGAAGGCACAAAACAUGAGGAGGAUGAAGGCAAGAAGAGCCGGAAAAAAGCUAAGGAGAAGGAAGAGGAAAGGAAGCACAAGGACAGAGAGUAUGUGGAGAAACAAGAUGAAGAUGAGGAAAAAGUAGCCAGUGAGAAAGAGCGAAAGAAGAAGGAGAAGAAAGAAGAGGACAAGAAAGAGAAGGAAAAGCAAAGGGGCGACACUGAUGUGGAAACAACAGAUGAAGACAAGGGGAAAGGGGAGAAGAAAGAGAAGAAGAAGACCAAGAAAACUGAUGCAGGAAAAGAAGAGAAAGAAGAGAAGCUAAAGAAGAAAGGGAAGAGGCAUGAGGAUGAACCGGACGAUAGAAACGAAGAGGAGGAGAAAGGAGACGUUAAAAUGAAGAAUCACAAGGUUGAAGAGGGUGUGACUGAAAUUACUGGAAGAGAGAUUGAAAUAUUUGAAGAUGUUAAAAAAUCUGAAGGAGAAGGGCAAAAAGAAAAGCAGAAAGGUAAGGAAGUUGAUAAGAAGGAAAAGGACAAGAAGGUUAAGGGUGAUAAGAAAAGAAAGCUUGAUGGGAAGGACAAGAGUAAAGAUCUUGACAAGCUGAAACAAAAGUUAGAGAAAAUAAAUAGUAAAAUCGAAGCUCUUCUGGAGAAGAAGUCGGAAAUUUUGAGGCAAAUAGAUGAUGCUGAGCACGCGGAGUCGUCUACUGGUGGGGCAGCUGAUGAAGGUAAUGCAGCUUAGGGUGAUGUGUGGACACUACACUCUUCUUUUCUGUUUGUAAUUGUGUCUAUGUUGCUAAAGUUGUGAUGUGAAUAAUGUAUCUUUUUCUUGUCCUGUUCAAUAAAUGUAGUGCUGUCUGCCCUUUAUAUCCUACCUAUAGUUAGCCUCUUUGUACAUGAACUUCCCAUAGCUGUAGUUACAUAUUAUUAAGCCUCAAGGGAGCGCUAUAUCUGUUGUGUCA